UUUUCUCCAGACUGCCUUUAAAUACCAGCCCCGCAGCCGGCAGCACCCAUCCCUCUGACUGCACCCGAGGGCGCACCCGGCAGCACCCCACGUAGAUGAAAGCAAAGAGAAGCCACAAAACUCCAGCCAUGUCCACGUCCCUGCGAGUGAGCCCCUCGGUCCACGGCUACCGCUUCGACACAGCCCUGCGCAAGAAAGCCGUGGCCAACAUCUUCGAAAGCAUCAACGAGGAGUCCCUACAGAAACUCUUCAAAAACUCCGGGGACAAGAAGGCAGAGGAAAGAGCCAAGAUAAUCCUCGCCACCGACCAGGACCUGGAGGAGAAAACGAGAGCGCUAAUGGCACUAAAGCAGAGGCGAAAAGACAAGCUGCUGCAGUUCCUGACAUUUCGGAAAUACUCCAUUAAAGUGCACUGAGGUGGCGAAGGCAGCAGGAAUGGAGGAGAGCAUUUCGGGACGGGACUCUUUGUGACCUCCUACCACACGCGGCUCCGCUGCCCCGCGAGUCCCUGGUGGGACAUGGGGGACCUGACAGAGCCCCGCGGCGCCGCGGCCCCUCUGCGCACGCAUUGAACCACUGCCACGACGGCAGCAUCGGUGCAGACGGCAGCAUCGGCACCGACGGCAGCAUCGGCAUCGGCACCGACGGCGGCAUGGGCAGCAUGGGCGUCGUGGCAGCCAGAGGCUCCCAGAGGGGGGGCAGCCGGGCUCCCUGGGGGCCGUAGGACCAAGCCAUGGGGGGACCCCGCGCCUGGGCACGGCUCGAGACCUUCUGACGGGCUCGGUGUUUACUGACUUCACCUGUGCUUUGCCUUUGCCAACUUAAAGCCCUGGCCCUCGCCGAGCCCCCGGCGGGGAGGGAGGUUCUAUGGACCGACCAGCUCCUGAGCAGGGAUCUCUUUGCGUUUGUUAAAACGCACUCGGUGCACCGCACGGGUGCAGCAAAUCCAGCCUGCAGGGAACGCAGUCGCUCUAGAGACACACCACGCAACUGUACCUUUUCUUUCUCGAGCUGUGUGUGCAGCAGAAAUUGUUUGCACAGAAGCAAUAAUAAUGACAUAUUUCCCUGAAUUUACUGUGAAGCUCCUUAAUAUUUUGCUCACUUCCCAUUAACACGAAAAAUCUAAAUAUCGUAACUACAGUUCUUAUUUGUAUAGAUUACAAUAGCUUUUUGACGAGUAUUUCAUGGUAAUAUUUGAUGACAAUGUUAUUAUUAUAUCGACUAUAAUUUAUUGCAUAUGGUGAUCUGAAAUUUAAUAAAUUAUG